GAGCAGAGGAGGAAGGGAAGGCAGAGAGAACAGGGGAGGUCUGACGCAACCGUCCCAGCUUGCACCUAUCUGAGAUGCACAGAUUGAUAAAUGCAUGCACCUAGUCUUGCUUUGAUCUACUGGAAAAGCUUAGGGAUUUGUAAAAGGGCUGUCACUCUGCAAGACAUGUGUGCAACUUUUCCUGCCAGGACAAGAACCUAAAGGAGCUUUGGAGACGUAGCAUGCGUGAAUGUCCACGCUGAGAGAAGGGGUAGCUUUCAACGCUGGAGGUCCACUGUAAGGAUGGAUGACACAGGCUAACAAUGUACUCCAAAACCUUCUGAACUUUCAGCUAAACUAAUAAGGACCGGCUAAAGAUACAAGAACCCGAUUCACCUGCAACUUUAAACCCAGGCUCAUAUGAUGCUGUGGUACAACUGGGGCCGCCGCUUGUUCUCCCUGGCAGCACUUCUGGUGAUUGUGAGCUGCGGAGGAGGGGAGCAGCGCAGAGGGACGGAUAGCACCAGCAGCAGCAGCAGCACCAGCAGCACAGGUGGCAGCAGCAGCAGCAGCAGUAGCAGCAGUUCCGGAGGAAGUAGUAGCCGACGCUUUCACAAGAUCCAGCAUGGCCAGUGCACCUACACCUUCAUCCUGCCCGAGGGCGAUGGAGGCAGAGGAGGCUCUUGCAGGGAGGCGAAAGCCGGUAGCCCGCAAAACAGCGGCAACUCUCUCCAGAGAGACGCUCCACCACCAGAGCCAGAGUUCCCCAGCCAGAAGAUCCAGCAGCUCGAGCACAUUAUGGAGAAUUAUACCCAGUGGCUACAGAAGAUUGAGAACUAUAUCAAAGAGAGAAUGAAGACAGAGAUGGCUCAGCUGCAGCAGAGCGCCGUCCACAACCACACCGCAGCCAUGUUGGAAAUGGGCACUAACCUCCUCUCUCAGACGGCUGAACAGACACGCAAGCUAACCAACGUUGAGACGCAGGUUCUGAAUCAGACAUCCAGGCUUGAGAUCCAGCUGCUGGAAAAUUCUCUCUCCACUAACAAGUUGGAGAAAGAGCUAAUGGUCCAGACCAAUGAGAUCAGCAAGCUGCAUGACAAGAACAGCCUGCUGGAGCAGAAGAUGCUAGAAAUGGAGAUGCGACACCACGAGGAGCUGGAGACGCUGAAGCAGGAGAAGGGGAGUCUCCAGACCCUGGUGGGGAGGCAGAGCGGGGUCAUCGGGGAGCUAGAGGCCCAGCUGAGCCGGGCCACAGGAAACAGCACAGCCCUGCAGAGACAGCAGCAAGAGAUGAUGGAUACCGUCCACAAUCUGCUCAAUCUCUGCUCCAAAGAUGGAGUUGUGCCUAAUAGCACAAAGGCGGACGAAGAGAAGAAGUUCCGCGACUGCGCCGACCUCCACCAGGCUGGCUUCCAUAAGAGCGGAGUCUACACCAUCCAGAUCAACCCUCAGGAGACCAAAAAGGUGUAUUGCAACAUGGAAACAGCCGGCGGUGGAUGGACAGUCAUCCAGCGCAGAGAAGACGGCAGCCUUGACUUCCAGAGAACGUGGAAGGAGUACAAGAUGGGUUUUGGCAGCUUGCCUGCGGAGCACUGGUUGGGAAACGAGUAUAUUUACCAGUUGACCAGCCAGAGGCAGUAUGCCCUCCGUGUAGAACUGACAGACUGGGACGGACACCAGGCCUUCUCGCUAUAUGACCGCUUCCAAAUCGGCGGGGAGAAACAAAACUACAGGCUGUUCCUGAAAAGCCACAGUGGGACUGCAGGCAGACAGAGCAGUCUAGUAAUCCACGGAGCAGACUUCAGCACCAAGGACAUGGACAAUGACAACUGCUUGUGCAAGUGUGCCCUCAUGCUCACUGGUGGUUGGUGGUUUGAUGCCUGCGGCCCGUCCAACCUUAACGGCAUGUACUUCAACCAAGGCCAACACAUAGGGAAGUUGAACGGUAUCAAGUGGCACUACUUCAAGGGCCCCAGCUACUCGCUACGAGCCACGGUCAUGAUGAUCCGCCCGCUGGACUUCUCUUAGUCCUUUGAACUUUUAACUUCCAAAGGGCUGUGGAGCACAUUAGAGGGACGCUCCCUAUUUUAUCCUCUUGUCUCAUCUCAUUUUUUCGCUGGCCCCCGGGAGUCAUCCAAUGAAUCUUUUUUUUUUUUUAUUCAAUCUGGUUCCUCUCCAGGGUGACGGCUAUUGUGCUGCACUGCCGCUGACUAUCAUAACCUUUUCCCCUCAGCGAACUGAAAACCAGCCAUGAGGAGGAACGACAGAGCAAGAGACGAUUCACCUGAACUGUUUCUGUUCCCAAAACAGGUUCACAAAGUUGACGUUAUUUAAGGACAAAAGCGUUCAGUAUGUGUUAUCUCCACACGCAAUUUGUGCACAUUAAGAGCGUGCUGUAACAGCUCUUAAAAAUUCAAGCACAAUGUCAAACCACAUCUUUUCCAUUAUUAUUGGGACCUGCGCUGUGAUAAUAUAGAGGAAUGAACUCUUCUGAAUGGAAAGCAGCAAUGACAGAGCAGCACUGACUCUUCAACUGCAGGACAGAACUUAUCUGGAACUCUAUAGGGAGAUGAUGCUUUUCUAUUAAAAUGUUGCUCACAGAGCCCAUAAAUAUUAUCAUUGUAUUAUAUAUUGUGUUUUUUUUAGUAUAAUUUGUGUUAUCCCAACAGUAUACAAUAUCCAAAGUGAUAUGCAAUUGUCUUUUGUACUACACAGUGUAACGCACGCUGAGUUUUAAGGUGACCUUGAAAUCCGAGUGAUGAGCUGGUAAAAGUUACAAGGGUCACUUGCAGUAUUUGCUGGCGAUUACACACCAGCUGCCUCGACAGUGUGAUUAUUAUUAGAGUUCAACAUGGUUGGUUUUUAUUGGGUUAGAUUCUGGACUGAGAUCUAUUUGCAUUUGCUAUUGGCUGAGAAACGACUAGUACCUGCCAAGGUUCAGCUUGUGAGUGAUCACCUUACCUCUGCUGAAUAUGAAAAACAAGGACAUUAAUACUGAUUCAUAUUAUUAGUGAUAUAUAACAAUUACAGCUGUGUGAACAUGGGGGGCAAGAGAAUGCAGGUUUGCAUAUACUAGUAAUAAUGUGUAUUCUCUAAAAUACACAGAGAUAAACAGUAUAUUCCAGCGUGGGAUGAUGAAAAACCACGUCGUGAUCCGUCUAUAUUUACAAAGAUGUAAAUGCUUAUAUUAAGCUGGUGUGCCACAAAGAAUGAGGUCAAAGUUCAUAUAACUGAAUCUUAUUUCUAACUCUAAAGGACAUUAUAAAAGCUCUUUAUGGGUGACUUCAGUACUGACCAAACCCUAUUUUUCCAUGAUUUUGUGUCUAAGUGACAACAAUUUUUGAUAUUGGUCCAAUGUUUAGGGAGAGCGCUGUAGACGGCAGCCACCAAACAGCUGCAAUGUAAUCGCUAGAGGCAACUCCUCACCGUCACUGUACGGCCACUAAAAAUGCUUGUUUUUGCCGCUGACAGGCUCAGGUUGUUGUUGUAAGUGUCUGACAAGCUGAUGAAAAAAGGACCCUUCAGAGAAAUAAAACGUUUUUCAUCACCUUUCGCUUGAUCCGUUCUGUCUUUUAGCUUGGAAACAGCUUUUUCUUAAAUCUUGCGUUACACCCACAUUGUUGAAAUCAUCUAUAGAGUUUCAAUGUCAUGGCUGUUUAUUUACCUAAUGUUAAGCUACGCUCUCUGUACUCCAACCAAGCGGCAGCCUCCAUGUCUUCAAAGUGAAGCCAACAUAGAAGUGCCUAAAACUUGCAUUCUUUCUAAUGGCCUCACUCUGGUUGCAAAAAGAAAUCAGAUUGUAUAGAAGUCGAUGAGACAAUGACCCUACUUCUCACUGGAUUUAUUACCUGAGUUAACAUUGUUAACUUGAGUUUAUGGUCUCAAUCACUAGUUUCAACUCUUCUUCAAUACAGCAUGAUGUUCAUUUAGUAAAUUAUGACUAAAACACACCAUAAAGCAGGGUAUGCUUUAGGGCGUGGCUACCUUGUGAUUGACAGGACGCUACCACGGCGUUGUCCAGUCUGGGAGUUGAUGUCCUUGUUUUACAACUCGUUCACAGUGUGUUUUCAGAUCAUCAAUUCGGUGUUUGGUUGUGUAUAGCUCGACCCUCUUGUGUCACUUCUAAGACUCAAACACAACAAACUCUAAACAACACCAUUACUACUCUCUUCCACUCACGUGACUCAAAACUAAACGGACCGGAUCAAGCGAAAAGUACAAACAUAAUCAGAGGCUGUCAGUGACAGAAACAAGCACUUUUAGUGGACGUUUAAUGGACGGGGAGGAGUUGCCCGUAGCGAUAACAUUGCAGCCCCUUUCCAGGUUGAAAAGUACUGCAGUUACCCUUUAAGACUGGUCAUAGCCUCUAACCUUAAGACAAGUUUCAUCCUAAAUGUUUUUCACAGGCAUAAACAUGACACGGCCUCAGAAUCCAGCCAGUUUCUGUUUCUCAUCAAUGUAACUUUGGGGAAAAAAAUAAAAAAGCUGGAGUUGGAUAUGAAGCAUGAAAUUAAUAAUUCCACCAAGUGAUCCGUGUGAACGCAUAUUUCAUAACUUCCAGCUUUGUAAUAACAGAAUCUACUGUGGGGUAUUAAUAAAGGUACAUGUGGUGAGAAGAUAAAGUGUAUCUGGAACUUGUAAAACUACAAUUGACAUGUUUAUUAACGUACUAAAAUCUGUACGAUUGAAUGUGUGUGUGUGUGUGUGUGUGUACGUAGAGCAGCUCUCCUGAGGAAAGCUAUUCUUUCUUUUCUUUUUUUCUGUUUUUACUCCACCAGAAGUACAGUGGUGUUUAGAAGUUGAGCUUAAAACUUUGAAGUUGAGAUAAUAACCCUGGAGAAAUGUGCCUUUGAUAACUCUGCUUUUACCUCAUUCCAUUCCAGAUUUUGCAGAUUUAUUUAAACAUCUUUUUGUAACAUGUGGUCAGUGUUUUGUUGCUAGUUUAAAUAAA